GUUAUGUAGACAAUUAUACUUUCAUAAGACUAGGUUUAUCUCUCUCUUCUAAAAUGAAUAUAAAAGGUAGUCAGUCAUAUCGUGAAUGGAUAUGGUAAAAUGUUCCGGAGAAGAAAACUGUGACGGAGUCAGUCAAGAUGUUUGUCCGGCAGGGUUUAGUAGUUUGGUUUCUCUAUGCUUCUUCAGUAAUUGGAUUAAAUACCUCGUGUUGUGAUUUUUAUCAUCUGAAGAGACAGAACGGGGAAUUGUGGACAUGUGGAAAUUGUCUGCCGGGUUAUCAUUUCGUUGAUGAUUGUGAAUUCAAUGGCGGGAACGCUAAAUGUUCUCCUUGCCCAUAUGGGUAUUUUAUGGAAACCAGAAAUGUGUUCAGGGCAUGUAGAAAGUGUAAAAGAAACUGCCCCUACAACACGAUUAUCAGUUUUCACUGUACCUCCACAUCGGAUCUUAAAUGUGGCUGUAUGUACGACAAAUAUCUCGACAAGGAUGUGUGUGUAACAAAAACAAAAUGUCAGCCAGGCUAUGGCGUAAACGGAACCACUUCUGAAGGAAAUACAAAAUGCGUCAAAUGCCCAGAAGGGACAUUCUCACGAAAUAACUCAUAUGAAGAAAAAUGCGUGCCUGACACGGAUGACUGUAAGUCAAUGCCUUGUGUAAACAACGGCACAUGCACGGAUUUGGUGGACGAUUUCAGUUGCACUUGUCUUGAAGGAUUUUCCGGUCGAAGAUGUGAACAUGGCACAAAUAACUGUAUGCCUAUGCCUUGUGUGAACAACGGUGCAUGUACGGAUUUGGUGGACGGUUUCAUUUGCACUUGUCUUGAAGGAUUUUCCGGUCAAAGAUGUGAACAUGACAAUGUUCCUGUAAUUGGAAACCUUGUCCUCGGAGUUCUUCUUGUUCUAGCGAUCGCGUUCAUUGGCUUUCUUGCAUGGCAUUAUCGGACAACCAUAUGGACACGGGACAAGAAACAGCAGGCGUAUUCCUUCGUUUUAUCUCAAUUGGGACGAAUUGCGAAGCAGAGUUUGCACGGAGAUGAUAACCUGGAUAGCAAUGGUCCAUCCCCAGAGAUAUCCGAUGAGAUGCAGAAGUUGAUUGCAGAUGGAAAAAAAAAGUUCGACGAUGAUAUAUCCCAACUGGCACAAGAUGUGAAGGAGCGUUUAAGCAAAGAUAAAUCCCUGGAUGUCAAAGAAGAUGAUGUAUCAAAGAUCAGAUCAAUUCUGCAAGAGAUGUUUCCCCAAACAGGACGUUCGCCAGUUAAAGAUUCAAGUGUAUUCGUUUUAUCUCAAUUGGGACGAAUUGUGAAGCAGCGUUUGUACGGAGAUAAUAAACUUGAUGGCAAUGGUCCAUCCCCAGAGAAAUCCGAUGAGAUGCAGAAGUUGAUUGCAGAUGAAAAAAAAAAGUUCGACGAUGAUAUAUCCCAACUGGCACAAGAUGUGAAGGAGCGUUUAAGCAAAGAUAAAUCCCUGGAUGUCAAAGAAGAUGAUGUAUCAAAGAUCAGAUCAAUUCUGCAAGAGAUGUUUCCCCAAACAGGACGUUCGCCAGUUAAAGAUUCAAGUGUAUUCGUUUUAUCUCAAUUGGGACGAAUUGUGAAGCAGCGUUUGUACGGAGAUAAUAAACUUGAUGGCAAUGGUCCAUCCCCAGAGAAAUCCGAUGAGAUGCAGAAGUUGAUUGCAGAUGAAAAAAAAAAGUUCGACGAUGAUAUAUCCCAACUGGCACAAGAUGUGAAGGAGCGUUUAAGCAAAGAUAAAUCCCUGGAUGUCAAAGAAGAUGAUGUAUCAAAGAUCAGAUCAAUUCUGCAAGAGAUGUUUCCCCAAACAGGACGUUCGCCAGUUAAAGAUUUAAGUGUAUUCGUUUUAUCUCAAUUGGGACGAAUUGUGAAGCAGCGUUUGUACGGAGAUAAAAAACUUGAUGGCAAUGUUCUACCUCCAGGGAAAUCUGAUGAGGAACAGGGGUUGAUUCCAGAUGAAUUUGAGUACCACGAUGGAAUAUCCCAACUGGCACAUGCUGUGUACAAGCGUUUGAUCGGAAAUAAAAUCGUGGAUGACAAAGAAGAUGAUGUAUCAAAGAUCAUACCAAUUCUGCAAGAGGUGUUUCCCACAACAGGACGUUUGCCAGUUAAAGCUACAAAUCAAUCCGAUUCACACGAAGAGGUAACUGAUGAUAAGAAUCAGUCGAAUGAACCAGUGGACGCCAAUGGACAAGCAACGUCUUCUCAUUCAAGCCUGCAUCCAUCAGACUCUGUCAAAAUGGACAAAAAUGAACCUAAUCCGGAAGAAGGUCAUAUCAGUAAUCCUGGAAAAACAGAUAUUGAUUUAAGAUAUGGAGCAACCGAGCAGCAAAAGGCCGAAAUUUAGCACAACGAUAACAAUCCAUGAAAAGUUGGAUAUUGAUAGUGCCAGUGGAGGUGAUGCACAUUCAAAUAGCGAGCGAGUAGUUUCGAGAAGCGUAUCCGUGUAAAGUGGCUACUCAUAUGCUCAGCAAUCUGCGGGAAGUGACAAGCCAUCGCGUCCACAGUCCGACAUAUGUGAUCGUUAGCGAACUAUAUAAGUCAACUGUUAUGAACAAUUUCAUUGUCAUGCUAUAUCCGGAUCUGUUAUAAGAAAUAUAUUAUUGGUGAUUACUGUUCAAUAUUAUCAACAAAUUGUGGUGGUAUUAUUUAUAAGACUGUUCUGAUUUUAUUUGAUUGCAUUGAUUAUAAAUUGUGAGUAAUUUCUAACUUUCUAGAAUCAAGGAUCGAAUCAUCCUGGGAUAUGUAACACAUUUGUAUAAGGUAUCUGAUUCUACAGUAUGCGAAAGUUAGAUGCAUAUGACCUUAUUAUUUGGGUUUUAUUUGAAAGAGUUGAAUAUUUAGAAAGACAAUAAGUCAUGUAAUACACGCUUUGUGGGCCUCGAAAGAUCCAAUAUAAGCCAUUUUAUUAUUUAUAUGAAAAUUGUAGAAACAAGCUCAGUAGCCGAAAGUCUAAACAUAAACCAAAUCUCAAUUGAAAUAAAGAACAAAAAUAAAAUCUGCAAGAAAUGUAUCUGUAAUUUUGGUUAAGUAUUUUACAUAUUAGUUAUAAGCAGGCACAUACUUUCAAAGGUAUAUUGCGUCACCAGGUUUUACACUUUAUCAUAUAGGCCAAUCGCUCUUUAAAAUGACUAGCUUGUUUGUGGAUUGAAAACCUUAAAAGGAUCAUACUAAGUAGGUAUUGAUCUUGAUCUACAGAGUUUGGUAUGUAAUAAGUAAUUAUACUUAAAUGAGGUUCCAAAAGUUAUGUAGAUCAGAUAGGUAUUGAAAGAAUAGUUUAAUGACGCUCUUGAGAGUGGCCAUUUGUAUGUCAACUGAUUGAUUGUUAUAUAAUGAGAAACCUAUGUCAUGUUUCAUUAAAGAGUUUUGUUUCUUUUUACAAUAUUCAUAAGCAGGAAUGUGUGUAUUCACUAAAGAUCUCGCUAUUCUUACAUUUUCUGAUUUAUAUUUUCACCCAUAUUCCUAACAUGAUGUUAUUUCAAACAAAAUAAUUAGAAAAAUAAUUCAUAAAUCAUGUUUAAAAAACAGUAUGUAAAUGAAUACGAGAAAUCUUAGUAUCAAUGUAUGCAAGGCAUUCAAUUGAGAUCAGUUAACAUGUAUGCUGCUUAAUGUCUUGUAUGUUUGCAAUAUUCAAGCGUACGUUUAAGACAGAAAUAUUAAUUUAGUCAUAACCCAUGUUUGUAAUUUUAUCACUUCCAUAAGCUAUUAGACAUGAAAAAAUAAAUGUUGCUAUUAAUUGUGUAAGCAUUGUAGUGAGGUUUUAAUUAAUAAAUAUAGAUAUGAUACACCA